UUAGAGAGUGUGUGUGUGUCUCUGCGGGCGCGCCCUCCACCUUUUUUACACCCGCGGGUCUUAUUUGGUCAUACCCCCCCACACACACCCUCUCGAUGCUUCUCUGCACGCACAACCUCUGAUUUAGGCAAUGUGAAGGUCACGUAAGGCGCUGGAAACUUGAAAUGCAGCCAGAGUUGUAACCAAGCUCCUAUCCUACUCAACAGCUGAUACAGACAGUACUGGACUGCAGGGGAAGUGACAGCCGUCAGAGUGGUCUCAGGGGCCUUUUGACAAGAAAAGAGAAGUGUCAAAGCGCAUGAUUCUCACUCAAGAAGCCUUUGGGGGCAGAUGUGUCUCACCGUAUGAUAACACUCCUGUUCAUCUGAGGUGAAUUUAGGUUUCUGUUGUCAGGGGCUGGGACAGGAAAGAAACAGUUUGUGGCUUCCCUGGCAUUCACGGAUCACUGCAGGACAGCAUUGUACUAUGUCAGGAAAAGUGACCAGUAACGACCACGCUAGCUACACCACUACCGGAAUCAAGAGAUCCAGGAAUGAUUCGGUGGGGAACAGGGUCACAGUUAUCCUUGGUGCACAGUGGGGAGACGAAGGCAAAGGAAAGGUGGUGGAUCUGCUGGCUACCGAGUCCGAUAUCAUCUGCAGAUGCCAGGGUGGAAAUAAUGCUGGCCAUACUGUAGUCGUUGAUGGAAAGGAGUAUGAUUUUCAUCUGCUACCAAGUGGCAUUAUUAAUACAAAGGCUGUUUCUUUUAUAGGUAAUGGAGUUGUAAUUCAUCUACCUGGUUUAUUUGAAGAAGCUGAAAAGAAUGAAAAGAAAGGACUGAAGGACUGGGAUAAAAGAUUAAUUAUUUCUGACAGAGCACAUAUUGUUUUUGACUUUCAUCAAUCUGUUGAUGGACUUCAAGAAGUACAACGACAAGCCCAAGAAGGAAAAAAUAUUGGCACUACUAAGAAAGGGAUUGGACCAACAUAUUCUACUAAAGCAGCACGAACAGGCCUCAGAAUAUGUGACCUCCUUGCUGACUUUUCUGAUUUUUCUUCCAGAUUUAAGAACCUGGCCUACCAGUAUCAGUCCAUGUUUCCUAGUUUGGUGAUAGAUGUUGAAGGGCAGCUGAAGAAACUAAAGGACUACACUGAGAGGAUAAGGCCUAUGGUCAGAGAUGGCAUAUAUUUUAUGUAUGAAGCUCUUCAUGGUGGACAGAAAAAAAUUCUAGUGGAGGGUGCCAAUGCUGCACUGCUUGACAUUGACUUUGGCACAUACCCCUUUGUGACAUCUUCAAACUGUACUGUGGGUGGUGUCUGUACAGGACUUGGUAUUCCUCCACAAAAUAUUGGAGAGGUAUAUGGAGUAGUAAAGGCAUACACCACCAGGGUGGGCAUUGGAGCUUUCCCCACAGAGCAAAAAAAUGACAUUGGCGAUCUUCUUCAGUCUCGAGGUCAUGAAGUGGGAGUAACUACAGGCAGAAAAAGGCGAUGUGGGUGGUUAGAUCUUGUCAUCCUGAGAUAUGCUAACAUGAUUAAUGGAUUCACAGCAUUGGCAUUAACAAAGCUGGAUAUCUUGGAUGUGUUAAGUGAAAUUAAAAUUGGUACAGCCUAUAAACUCAAUGGAAAGCGAAUACCUUAUUUUCCAGCUAACCAAGAAAUUCUGAAUAGAGUAGAAGUGGAGUAUGAAACAUUUCCAGGUUGGAAAACUGACACUACUCGUGCCAGAAAAUGGGAUGACCUUCCCCUAAAAGCACAGAACUAUAUACGUUUUAUUGAAACACAAGUGGGAGUUCCAAUUAAAUGGGUUGGUGUUGGCAAAUCAAGAGAGUCCAUGAUCCAGCUGUUUUAAUUGAAAAACACUACCCACUUUGGAAUGCUGUAACCAAUUAGCCAAUUCAGGCAUGGCUGUCUGGACGUCACGUUGAAAAUGUAAGGCAUAUUUAAAGGAAGACGAUUAAGGAGAAUGCUACUACAAAUCAUCAUAUUUCAUAAGUAUUUAAUUUUUUUCAGAUCAAAUGAAAUGACUGUAGAAAUCUUGAUAUUUAUUUAAGGGAAUUAUACCUUGUCCCUAUGCUCAGAGUUGUACUUCUAUGCUUAAAAAUAUUUGUUUAACAGCAAAUAAACAUAUGAUAGUAAUGUGAAAAUAUUAUUUAAAUAGCAAGCUUUGUAAUACCAUUAUUUUACCAUGUCUCGUAAACAUAUUUUAUUUUCCCUUUCCACAAAGGUGUAAGUUAACUUUACUUUAUACAUAGCAUUUCACAGUACAACUAACAGCAGUGCUUUAGAUGUAUACGUAAUUAAAAUUAAAUGUUUAAUUAGAAUACAUUUUUUGCAAAUAAAGUAAUUAGGGAUCCUUGGUAAGUUCAACCACAUCUUGUAUAACAUUUUAGCUGCUUUACUUACAUACUUUUUCAGAUGGGAAUAGUACAGUAAAAUGGCUCUGAAAGAAUAUCUAAUACAAGCAUGUCAAUUCAGCUUGUUAUGUCCCUUUUAAAAGUAUUUGAUGCAUCAUUUAGUGUAUUUGCAUUUCUCAUCCUUUCUUGCAUAUGAGAUAGUGCAACUUCCCCAUUAUUAACAUUACUUCAUAAUGCAUGAACAUCCUGUCUGUGCUAAUACCACAUAGACUUCCAAAGUGUAUCCCUCUUCUAAAUAAUAUUCCUUCUAUUGUAACAAAAAUGUACACAGAUGUUACAGCCUCCUAAGUACCUUAUAUCAGGCAUUGGUUAUUGUCAUGGUUUACAAUACAACUGAAUUUUAUAGCAGUUACUUAUUCCUGUUAUACUGGCUACAGUGAGGGAACAGGUCUCCUUCUGUAAAUGUAUCAGAGCGAAAACAAUUUGUGAUGAAUCACGAUAAGUGUUGUGCAUGAGUGGACCACAGAAGGUUUUAACAAGUCAUACAAAGCUUCAACAAGGGUAUUAAAAACACUGCCUACUGAACUUUAGAAUUUUUUUUACUGCAAAUAUGCCACCACUGAAUUAUUAAAUUAUAUGGCUCUGUAUUGUGAAAUUCAAACUGCAAUCCAUAUAGUGUGAUAAAGAUUGUCAAAACUGUCAAAAGUCAAAAUGCUGCAUUACAAAAUAUCAUGUUUAAAAGAAAAUUACUUAUUCACUGAUAUAAUUCAAAAUGUUUAAGUAUGAGAAAAUCUGAAAUGGAAGACAAUAUAAUGGCAAAUUUACUAUUUUGUCUUUUAUCUGUUUAUUGUUAAAUUGUAACCUGCAUUAAAAUAAAAGGCCACUA